UACAAGAUGGCUCCUCAUAUAAAGCCAGGCAUCUGGCUCCUCCGCGGCCGCGGUGAAUUAUCGCCUAUAAUCCGCUCUGGCUUCCGCUGUGGCCCUGAGGAGUGAACGGCGGCGCUUGAGAGGAGGGGAGCGAGGCAAGCACGGCGGCCAGGGGGAUGAGCGCGCCUUAGCCGGGGGCCGUGCGCUGGAGGUGUGGGGUUGAGGCGCAGUCAGAGGCGGAUCUUAGCCUGGAAUCUAGGCCCCGGCUCCUUCCUGGCCCUCCUCGCCCCCUUUUCCGGCCCGGUGUGUGUGCCCCCAGAGGGGAAGAGGCACGUCAUGGCCGUAUCCAGGUUGGACCGCCUCUUCAUAUUAUUGGACACGGGAACAACUCCAGUCACACGAAAAGCAGCCGCACAGCAGCUCGGGGAAGUGAUCAAGCUUCAUCCACAUGAACUCAACAACCUGUUGUCAAAAGUCUUGAUCUAUCUGCGAAGUCCAAACUGGGAUACCCGUAUUGCAGCUGGUUUGGCAGUGGAGGCCGUUGUGAAAAAAGUUCCUGAGUGGAAUCCAGCAACCAGGCUGAAGAGAGAGGCCGGUUCAGAAUGUUCAAGUGAAGAGUCUCCUCUGGCAGACAGACUGAGCUUUGACAGGUUUGACAUAUCAAGAUUGUUAAAACACGGUGCUUCACUGCUGGGCUCAGCUGGUGUCGAAUUUGAAGUUCAAGAUGACAAAUCAGUGGACGUGGACCCCAAGGAAAGGAUAGCACGGCAAAGGAAGCUGCUGCAGAAAAAGCUAGGCCUUGACAUGGGAGCUGCCAUAGGAAUGAGUACUGAAGAGCUGUUUAAUGAUGAAGACCUGGACUACAUGCCAAGCAACACUCUUGUAAAUAAACCUGCUCUCCAAGCAGCAGAGUUUAUAGAUUCCGAAUUUCUACCGGGUAUGAGUAACAGGCAGAAAAAUAAAGCAAAGCGAAUGGCAAAGCUUAUAGCGAAGCAGAGAUCUCGGGAUGUAAUGGAGGCCAAUGAAAAGAGCAGUGAUAGCACUGAUGGUGAGCCAGAAGAGAAGAGGAGGAAAGUAACCAAUGUUGUCAUCAGUCAGCCAGCAACUGAGUCCAAAGUAUUAAUUGAUAAUGUUCCUGACAACUCUUCCCUGUUUGAUGAGACAAACGAGUGGCCCCUGGAGAGCUUUUGUGAAGAGCUCUUUAAUGAUCUAUUUAACCCAUCGUGGGAGAUACGACAUGGAGCUGGUACUGGUCUCAGAGAGAUCCUUAAGGCCCAUGGUAGAAGUGGAGGCAAGAUUGCACACAGCACACUCGAAGAGAUGGAGCAGCAACAUCAGGAAUGGCUGGAGGAUCUGGCUAUCCGUCUUCUCUGUGUGUUUGCAUUAGAUCGAUUUGGAGACUUUGUGUCAGACGAAGUGGUUGCACCUGUUCGAGAAACUUGUGCCCAGACACUGGGAGUAGUCCUCAAACAUAUGAAUGAAAGCGGAGUGCUGAAGACAGUGAAAAUACUACUGCGUUUAUUGACACAAGAGCAGUGGGAAGUGAGGCAUGGAGGACUGCUAGGAAUCAAAUAUGCUCUCGCUGUUCGCCAGGAUUUAAUUAAGACUUUAUUACCUAAAGCACUACCAGCAAUAAUUGAAGGUCUCCAGGACCUUGAUGAUGAUGUGCGGGCAGUAGCAGCUGCAUCUUUAGUGCCUGUUGUAGACAGUUUAGUUAAGCUACAGUUUAAGCAGGUUCCUUUUAUUCUCAGCACUUUAUGGGAUGCACUUCUGGAGUUAGAUGACCUCACAGCUUCCACCAACAGUAUCAUGACCCUCCUCUCUUCCCUUCUUGCUUAUCCUCAGGUUCAGCAGUGCAAUGUUCAGCAAUCUCUUACAAUAUUGGUGCCACGUGUAUGGCCUUUCCUGCGUCAUACUAUCUCCUCUGUUCGGAAGGCAGCUCUAGAAACAUUAUGCACUUUGUUAUCCACACAGGACCAGAUUUGUUCGGGUUGGCUAACCCCCAUCUUGCAAGACAUGCUGCGGCAUAUAUUUCAACUCUGUAUUCUGGAGAGCAACCAAGAAAUUCUUGACCUUAUCCAUAAGUUGUGGCAGGAACUGGUUACCAAAGCAUCUGUGCAGUACGUGGUGGCUGCUGCCUGCCCGUGGAUGGGAGCAUGGCUCUGUCUAAUGAUGCAGCCGGCUCAUCUGCCUAUUGACAUAAAUAUGCUGCUCGAGGUCAAACCCAAGUCAAAGGAAAAGGCAGGUGGUAAAUUGCGUCAAGGCCAGGGCCAGACAAAAGAAGUCACCCAGGAGUAUAUUGCUGGCUCAGACAGUGUCACUGAGGACUCUGCCACCAGGGACUUUGUGGUUACUCGAGCUCGUGUAGCUGCUGCAAGACUGCUUGGAUCGUUGUGCUGCUGUAUCUGUGAUCCUGCCGUAAAUGCGCCUUCUCAGGAGAUCAAACCUGCCGAAUCCCUAGCCCAGCUUCUUCUCUUCCAUCUGAACUCCAAAUCUGCUUUGCAGAGGAUCAGUGUGGCGGUUGUGGUUUGUGAAUGGGCAGCCUUGCAGAAGGAAUGCAUAGCGGUAUCCCUCACAGUCCAGCCACGCCUGCUUGCGGUUCUUUCGGAGCAUCUGUAUUAUGAUGAAAUAGCAAUUCCUUUCACCAGGAUGCAGAAUGAGUGCAAGCAGUUAAUUUCCUCCCUGGCUGAUGCUCAGAUUGACAUCCGGAGCAGAGUGAACUGCAGCGUAUUCACCAUCGACCAAGCUAAUGAUCUGGUCACCACAGUGUUCAAUGAAGAAACAGCAGCUCUGCGGGACAACCCUAAAGCCUUCCAGAUCUUGGAUGCAAAAAGACAGCAAGUUCAAAUGACUGUGCUGGAAACUAACCAGGAAUGGCAGGUGCUGCAGCUGAGAGUGCACAUGUUUGCGGCUUGUGCUAUAGUCAGCCUCAUGCAGCUUCCCGAGAAGCUCAAUCCCAUUAUCAAACCAUUAAUGGAGAUUGUGAAAAAGGAAGAUAAUACAGUGGUGCAGAACUACGCAGCCUUGUCUAUUGCUAAACUCUUACAACAGUGCAUCUCAAGGACUCCUUGUCCAAACCCCAAAAUAUUAAAAAACCUUUGCAGCUCUGUAUGUGUGGAUUCCAAUAUCACCCCUUCUGUUAGUUGUCCAGCCCCAGUCAUCAACAACACAGACCACUCAAAAGGAUUGAAUUCUGAAAAAGACGGGACUUGCCAUACAGUGACGAAGCACAGAGGCAUAAUUACCCUCUACAGACACCAGCAAGCUGCUUUUGCAAUCACAAGCAGACGAGGCCCGGCUCCUAAAGCAGCGAGAUCCCAGGUGGCAGAGUUGCCUGCAGGAAGCAGUAGCCAUGGGGCUGCAGAGUCUGAUGAGACUCAGAAACAGGUUCAGAGAAGAGGCGCAGAAUACACUCUUGGUAAGAUUGCCAAACACUUUGCCACUGACCUGUCUACAGGAUUACCUUAUCUCUGGGAAUCGAUGGUUGGACCUCUGAGGAACUACAUAAAUGUUGACAAUUUUGAUGGGAAACUUCUUUUGGAAAAAGGAGAUGACCAUGCACAGGAGCUGGUCAGCAGCCUCCAAGUGUUUGAAGCUACUGCCGCUUCCAUGGAUUCCAAGCUUCACCCUCUGCUGCUUCAACAUCUUCCUCAUCUGUUCACGUGUCUGCAACAUCCAUACACUGCAGUGAGACACAUGGCAUCUCGAUGUGUAGGAGUUAUGAGCCGGAUCGCUACCAUGGAAACAAUGAAUGUCUUUUUGAAGAAAGUUUUGCCUUGGCUCGGUGCCAUUGACGAUAACACAAAGCAGGAGGGGGCCAUUGAAGCUCUGGCCUGUGUGAUGGAGCAGCUAGAUGUCGGCAUUGUGCCAUACAUUGUCCUGCUUGUUGUGCCAGUACUGGGUAGAAUGAGUGACCAAACGGACAGCGUUCGCUUUAUGGCAACACAAUGUUUUGCAACACUUAUCAGGCUAAUGCCCCUCGAGGAUGGAGUCAAUUGGUUGGCCUUCUUGAACAAGUAUAAAUUACACGGUAUCCUGUGUGAUGAUAUGGGACUCGGGAAGACCCUACAGUCUAUAUGUAUUCUAGCAGGGGACCAUUGUAACCGAUCUCAGGAGUAUAAUAGAAACAAGUCUGCAGACUGCAUGCCUCUUCCAUCUCUGGUGGUGUGCCCACCAACGCUGACAGGCCACUGGGUGGAUGAAGUUGGAAAGUUUUGCCCUAAAGAGUAUCUCAACACUUUACAUUAUACUGGACCACCCACAGAGCGGGCCAGGUUACAGCACCAGGUUAAAAGACACAAUCUAAUUGUGGCUUCGUAUGAUGUUGUGAGGAAUGAUAUUGACUUCUUCAGAAAUAUGAGGUUUAAUUACUGUAUAUUGGAUGAAGGUCAUGUUAUCAAAAAUGGAAAGACAAAACUGUCCAAAGCUGUAAAACAGAUAACGGCAAAUUUCAGAAUUAUCCUUUCUGGAACUCCGAUACAGAACAAUGUUUUGGAGUUGUGGUCCUUGUUUGACUUCCUCAUGCCUGGUUUUCUAGGCACAGAAAGGCAAUUUGCUGCUCGAUAUGGGAAGCCUAUAUUGGCUAGCAGGGAUGCUCGGAGCUCGUCUCGUGAACAGGAAGCUGGUGUUCUUGCGAUGGAGGCGUUACAUCGUCAGGUUCUGCCAUUUUUACUCCGCCGAAUGAAAGAGGAUGUAUUGCAAGACCUUCCACCUAAGAUUAUCCAAGACUAUUACUGCACUUUGAGUUCAUUACAGGUGCAAUUAUAUGAAGAUUUUGCAAAAUCCCGCGCCAAAACUGAUGUUGAUGAAACUGUAUCAAUGACCGCUCUUUCUGAAGAAAGUGAGAGGCCGAAGCUGAAAGCUACAGGACAUGUCUUCCAGGCACUGCAAUACUUGCGUAAGCUAUGCAACCAUCCCGCUUUGGUUCUGACAGCGUUACACCCAGAGUACAAGAAGAUCACAGAGCUACUUUCUACCCAGAAUACCUCUCUGCGGGACAUUGUGCACGCCCCCAAGCUAUCCGCUUUGAAACAACUGCUGUUGGAUUGCGGUUUGGGUAAUGCUGGGACCCCAGAGAGCGGCACAGAGGCAGUUGUGGCCCAGCACAGAAUAUUAAUCUUCUGUCAGCUGAAGAGCAUGCUGGAUAUAGUGGAACAUGACCUUCUGAAACCCCACCUACCGUCUGUUGCAUACCUGCGGCUGGAUGGAAGUAUACCAGCUGGCCAGAGACAUUCCAUAGUGUCUAGGUUUAAUACUGACCCCUCAAUAGAUGUUCUGCUGCUGACCACACAUGUAGGUGGCCUGGGACUCAACCUGACUGGGGCUGAUACAGUGGUGUUUGUAGAACAUGACUGGAACCCAAUGAGAGAUCUCCAGGCUAUGGACAGAGCCCAUCGUAUUGGACAGAAACGAGUAGUUAAUGUGUAUCGGCUGAUUACAAGAGGAACACUGGAGGAGAAGAUUAUGGGUCUGCAGAAGUUCAAGAUGAGCAUCGCUAACACCGUGAUAAGUCAGGAAAAUGCCAGUCUGCAGAGUAUGGGGACCGACCAGCUGCUUGACCUGUUCACUCUGGAUAAGGAUGGAAGGCGUGAGAAGAUGGAGACCUCUGAAGCCAGUGGAAAGACUUCGAUGAAAUCCGUCCUGGACAACCUGGGAGAACUGUGGAACCAGGAGCAGUACGACUCAGAAUUCAGCUUGGACACUUUUAUGACUUCUCUCAAAUAACUGCCGCCGCUGCAGCUGCUCAAUUGCCCUCCUUUUUUUUCCCCCUUUUUUUGUUUUUUGCUGAUAUUCAGCAGGAGCUGAGACGGUACCAUCAAUAAGAUUUUGCAAGAUGGAUUGACAUCUAGGUGGAAUCUAGACCGGCUCGGGAGAGAAUGUGUCAGUCUUAAAGAUGCCAUGGAUUUGGAGAGGACUUGAAUCCUCUGCUAUAUACUGGUGCGUCGUCCUUCAGCUGGAAAACAAAAUCAAAGUUGGAUUUUAUGCACUGCCAGCUGCUAUUUCUAACAUUGUAGAGUAUUUUUCUUCUGAGGAACUGGUUGAUGAAAUGUUUUUAUUUGACCUGUAAAAUGCACAAGGUCUUGGAGCUUACAUGCCCAUCCCGGGACUGUGU